UCGAUGUAAGCAUAUGUAAUAAACACCAUCACUCAGUUGUUAUGAGUUACCUGAAGGCAACAGUUGUUUUACUAGCAGACCGGGAUAUAUAACAAUUAUGGCGACGAGUGAACCAAAACCGCGUGGCAAUUUUCAAAUGGAGCCAUUUGAUGAAAAGGCUACAACCUGGAAUCGUUGGGUGAAAAGAUUUGAGACGGCGUUGGCGAUUUUUGGUACGAGCGAGGCGAUGAAGGCUAAAUAUCUAUUACAUUUCAUGGGUACAGAGGCUUAUAAUAAGCUAUGUGACAAGGCUUUACCCUUGAUACCAGAGGAAUUGCAGUAUGAUAAUAUUUGUGAAUUGCUGGAGAAGCAUUAUAACCCUAAACCCAAUGAAAUAUUUUUGAACUUUAAAUUCCACUCACGUAAGCAAGAACCUACAGAAUCCGCCGCAGAAUAUUUAGUGGCUUUGAGACAUCUAGCAACGGGCUGUGGAUUUGGUGAAUACCUGGACAAAGCACUGAGGAACCAGUUUGUGUACGGCAUAGGGAACAGAAAGAUUCAAGGCCGGUUAUUGGAAAAGGACGAUUUAACAUUAGAUGAUGCAAUACAUUUGGCAAACAUGUUUGAACAAGCUGAAAAGGGGUUCCAGGAAAUGAAUAAGCAGCAAGAAGCCGUUGACAUGGUGAAUAUGAGAAAGACAAAAGAGAGGGAGAAAAGAGUCAGAGAGACAGAACAAAGAGCGAGAUCGAAACUGAAUACAAACUGUGACAGAUGUGGCAGCAGUAAGCAUAAUUCAAACGAUUGCCGUCACAUAAAUUCUGUAUGCAAUUUUUGCAGAAAGAGAGGCCACUUAAGGCGUGUGUGUUUUAAAGCAAGAUCUACAAUGAAACAAAUAUCUGACGGCGAAGUCAGUGGAAAGGAGGACUCAGAGCAAGAAGUGUGUAAGAUGGAAAGUAAUGGACAGAGCCCCAGCAUACGGGAUAAAAUUCUAUGUACAUUGGAAGUAAAUGAUCGUAAUAUCACAUUUGAAGUUGACACGGGAGCGCCGGUCACCAUCAUAAGUCUUGCCGAUGCGUACAAAUAUUUUUCGAAGAAAAUACGAAUUCAUGAACCAGAUUUGGAACUCUAUAGUUAUUGCAAGACGCCUAUAGAUUGCGCGGGAUACAUAUGGGUGAAAGUAAGAGCCAAAGACAUAACAAAAGUCAAAAUGUAUUUAGUACGGGCCAAUCGGAAACCAUUGCUGGGAAGAGAGUGGCUGCGGUUAGUUAAAUUGGACUGGCUGAAGAUGUUAAAAGGAAAGAGUGUGUCAUCGGUAAGCGUAAACAAAAUUCAGGAGUCGGCGAAUUUGGAAGGUCAGUUAAGGAGUAUCUUGGAGAAAUAUCCAAAUUUAUUUUCGAAGUCAGUGGGCAAAAUUAGGGGGUUUCAGGCGCGUUUGAAUAUUAAAACCGAUGCUGUCCCGAAAUGUAUGAAGGCGCGACGAGUACCUUUUCCACUGUUGCAGAGAGUGGAAGAUGAAUUAGAUGACCAAGUAAAAGCUGGAUUAUUGGAAAAAGUGGAACGUAGCGAGUGGGCUACACCAAUCGUGGUGGUCAGAAAGAAAGAUGACAAGAUACGAAUUUGUGGAGACUACAAGAUAACGAUCAAUCCGGUCUUAGUGGUGGACAAGCACCCAUUGCCUACAGUCGACGAAUUGUUUAGUACAAUGGCAGGCGGUGAAAAAUAUUCGAAGAUUGACUUGUCCAAGGCAUAUCUGCAGUUAGAAGUACAUCCAGAUGACCAAAAGUUCUUAACCCUGAGCACACACAAAGGAUUAUUUCAACCAACAAGAUUAAUGUUUGGCGUUGCUAGCGCCCCGUCUCAGUGGCAAAGAUUAAUGGAGCAGUUAUUAGCGGAUAUACCGGGUGUUAAGGUGUUCCUGGAUGACAUUAAAAUAACAGCCAAGGAUGAGAGGACACACUUAGACCGGUUAGAAGAGGUGUUAAAAAGAUUAGACCGAUAUAAUAUGCGAAUAAAUCUUGCUAAGUCGGAAUUUCUGCGAGAGAGUAUUGAGUAUUGUGGUUAUGUGAUUGAUCGACAAGGAAUUCGUAAGAUACCAGCCAAGAUUAAGGCUAUUCAAGAAAUGAGAUAUCCGGCAACCAAGGACGAAGUUCGAUCAUUUUUGGGACUAGUGAAUUAUUAUGGUCGUUUUAUAAAAAAUUUGAGCUCUAUAGUUUACCCUCUAAAUCGAUUACUGCACAAAGAAGUUCCAUUUAAUUUUGAUGCUAAAUGUAAAUGGGCUUUCGAAGAAGUAAAGAGACAAGUGGGAUCAGAGGUGGUGCUGACACAUUAUGAUCCAAGAAAAAAAUUAACAUUGGCAGUGGAUGCGAGCCCUACGGGUGUGGGAGCCGUAUUGAGUCACGAAUUUGGCGAUGGAACGGAAAGACCUAUACAGUUUGCAUCGCAAACUUUAAAUGCAACACAGAGACGGUAUAGCCAAGUAGACAAGGAGGCAUACGCAGUAAUAUUCGGGGUAAAAAAGUUUUUCCAAUAUGUAUAUGGAAGGGAAUUUACUUUAAUUACCGACAAUAAAGCAAUAUCACAGAUUUUUGCGCCUGACAAGGGAUUACCGGUAUUGUCUGCAACGCGUAUGCAACAUUACGCAGUAUUCCUGGAAUCUUUUGAUUACAAGAUUCGUUUGCGUAAAUCUAAGGAGAAUGGGAAUGCAGAUGCGCUAUCGAGGCUUCCUGUAAAUGAAUGCAGCAAAACAAUCAGCGAGAUUGAUCAAAUUGAAAUGGAAUUAAUUGAGAAUUUGCCAAUCACCGUCAAGGAAUUAGGACAAGCCACAAAAAAAGAUGCGGAAGUAAGACGUUUAGUAGACAGUUUGUCAUAUGGCCGGAAGUGUGAUCCUGCCGACAGUUUUGGAAUCGACCCAUCCGAAUUUAGCUUGCAACAAGGAUGCUUAUUAAGAGGCAUAAGAGUGUAUGUGCCAAAACCGCUGAGAACUAGAAUAAUACAAGAAUUACAUUCGGGACAUUUUGGUGUAUCAAAAAUGAAGUCACUUGCCAGAGCGUAUUGUUGGUGGAAAAAUUUAGAUAAGGACAUUGAAAAAGCGGUUGCUGACUGUUAUGAAUGCCAGAUCGGGCGACCAGAUGUAAAGAAAGAACCGGUUCAUUGCUGGUUACCUCCGAAGAAAGUUUUCGAAAGGGUGCAUGUGGAUUACGCUGGUCCCUUUUUGGGCAAAUAUUUUUUUGUACUGGUGGAUGCUUUUAGUAAAUGGCCGGAGGUAAGGAUAGUUCGAGACAUUACCACGGAGACAACAAUCGAAGUAUGUAGAAGUAUAUUUGCGCAAUUUGGAAUACCAAACAUUCUAGUCAGCGACCACGGGACGCAGUUCAAAAGCGCGAAAUUUCAAGAGUUUUUAAAACAAAAUGGUAUCAUGCAUAAGUUGGGGGCACCGUACCACCCUGCAACGAAUGGUCAAGCAGAACGUUUUAUACAAACUUUCAAGACCAAGUUGAAGGCAAUGCCUCGUAAGGAGGAGUUACAGCGAAAAAUUGAUCAAAUUUUAUUGGCAUAUCGACGAGCAAUUCACCCGGUCACGAAUAAAUCACCAGCUAUGACAAUGUUUGGGCGAGUUAGAGUUAGCAGUAGGAGACGCUGUAAUGGCUCGGGAUUAUAUGGAUAAGCUUAAGUGGAAGCCUGGAAUAGUAAGAGAGAGAAUUGGUGAUUUGCAUUACAAAGUGAGGCUGGAAGAUGGUAGGUGUUGGAACAGACACAUUGAUCAAUUGAGAAAGAUUAAUGGCAGAGUAAUGCUGGAUAACGAAGUUGAGGAAACACAUAGUGCUAGUUAUGAGCCAUCAGAUUUGACUUUGGAGAAGAGAGAGAACCCUACAAGUAUGAGUAAUGCGGAACGAGAAGCAACAGACGAAUGCGUGAUGUCAGACAAUCGAGAUCAGUCCUUCGCAACGCCCCCAAGUUCUCCGGGGUCAGCAUUCAUCGGAUUUGAAGAGCCAGCAGGGAAUGGCGAGGCAGUCAACAUAAGAACGAAUCCUAGGAGGAAUAUACGGCGACCUCAUCGACUAAAUGAUUAUGUUAUCGAUACGGAUUGAAAGAGAGGGGAGAGGUGUUGUAUACGUUACGUAUUCAGUAACUACUAAACUACUAUCGAUGUAAGCAUAUGUAAUAAACACCAUCACUCAGUUGUUAUGAGUUACCUGAA